GAGUGGCAUUGUGUAAAUCAAAUUGAAAGGAGGGUGGUUUAACCUAAAACUUCUAUUUCAAAUGAAAUCUCUCAUGAUAUAAUUAAGAGGAGGCCUCCCUCACCCCACCGCAUAUGGUUUCCGUCUGCAAAAACCAGACUUCGCACCGAAACCAGAUUGAGAAACGGCAACACCAACGCAGACAGAUCGAAUUGUCGGAUUAACACUCGGAGAGAGAGAGAGAGAGAGAGAGAGAGAGAGAAGACGCCAUCGAUGUAUGUAAAUGCAUCAGAAGAAAUCUGAAGUUCAGAUCGGAAAGGAAAGCAGCAGUUGUAUCUCUUCCGAUUUCAACACACCCCCACCUCCGUUUCUUCCUCCAAUCCACCAGAAACACCCUCAGAUUCAGAUUCAAACUCAAAAUCACUCACCCCCACCAAACGUUACCCACUGUAUCGCGAACCAACAACCCCUAAUCGACCUCAAAAUUCAACUUCCACCUCUUUCUUCGCUUCACUUCCCAUCGUCAUCAUCAAACCCAUCAACCCCAUUAGCACCAAACCAUCAAAAUCGCAACCAAUCCCACUUCCAUGACGAACCCAUCUCCAAUAACCCUUCAACAGCGCAAACCCUUCUCUCAACACCUCACAAGAGACCAAUAAUGACCCAAACGCCUUCAUCCCUUUCCCAUUCCCCUACUCUGUCUUCUUCUCUCCAAAAUUAUCGCCACAACCCUUUGCAUCCGGAAUCCAAAGCUCCAUCGCCCUCCUUUUCCUGUUUCUCGCCUUUGGUCUCAAGAACUGCGGCUCUGAAAGUGAAACUCCUCCGCGACAUACGCCGUGCUCGUUUGCUUCGAGUCCGCUUACGCUUCUUGAUCCUCCUUACUCUGCCUUCCCUUUACUUUUUCACUUCCAACCCCCAUCGCUCUUUCCUACUCGAUUUCUUAUCGGUUCUCGCAUUUUCCGCCGCUCUCGUGAUCUCCCUUAAUCUCGCCCUCCCUCGCCUUCCUUCAAUUCGGUUAUUUCUUGCUCGUUCGCUUCCGAUUAAGGUUUCCUCAUCCAAAACUGCUUCAAAAGAACCCCCUUCAUCAGUUUUUUGGUCAAUUGGGUCAAAAUCCAAAUCGGAGAAACGCCCAAAUUCGGGGUCUUGGGUGCAGGUUUAUACUAAUGGGGAUGUUUACGAGGGUGAAUUCCACAAAGGGAAGUGCUCCGGAAGUGGGGUUUAUUACUAUCACAUGAGUGGGAAGUACGAGGGUGACUGGGUUGAUGAAAAGUACGAUGGUUGUGGUGUCGAGACAUGGGCGAAGGGAAGCCGAUACCGUGGGCAAUACAGGCAGGGCCUCAGGCAUGGGUUUGGGGUGUACAGGUUCUACACUGGUGAUGUCUAUGCCGGGGAGUGGUCUAAUGGGCAGAGUCAUGGGUGUGGAGUUCACACUUGCGAGGAUGGGAGCCGGUAUGUGGGGGAGUUCAAGUGGGGGGUUAAACAUGGCCUGGGCCAUUACCAUUUCAGAAACGGGGACACAUAUGCUGGGGAAUAUUUUGCAGACAAAAUGCAUGGGUUUGGAGUUUAUCGAUUUGGGAAUGGGCAUCGAUACGAGGGAGCCUGGCAUGAGGGAAGAAGGCAGGGGCUUGGUAUGUACACUUUCAGAAAUGGAGAGGCUCAAUCUGGUCAUUGGGAGAAUGGAGUUCUCAAUGUUCCAAGCACACAAAACACACAGCCUGGGUCCGCUUUUGCUGUUAACCACUCCAAAGUUCUUAACACAGUCCAGGAAGCACGCCGAUCUGCAGAGAAAGCAUAUGAUGUGGGUAGGGUGGAUGAAAGGGUGAACAAAGCAGUAGCUGCAGCCAACAGAGCAGCCAAUGCAGCCCGAGUUGCAGCUGUGAAGGCGGUUCAAAAGCAAAUGCAUCACAAUAAUAAUAAUGACGAUGCACCAGUUUCUAUUGUCUGAUUCCCAAGGGUAAACUCAGCAUCAGCAUUAUGCCUUGCUAUGAAUUAACUACCAGAGUUUUAAUUUUGUCUAUAAGAGAACCAUAUAGUGUGGAAUGCUGCAAAAUUUCUUUUGCCAUUCCAUUUAAAAAUUCUCUCUCCUCUCCUUUGGGUUGCCUUUUCUGCCUUUAUUUGCCAAGAGAAGAUGCAAUUCUGAGGUACCUGCUUGGAACCACUGUCAGUUGGGAAAUGGCUGAUUGAGGAGCAGAUGGGUUCCUCUCUUUCAUUACUAUGGGAUUAAUGAUGUGUACAUAGGAUAAGAGCUUUUUGAGUGAAACUGCACCCUUGGUGCUUUAAUGUAGAUGAUCUUAGGAGUUUGCUUUUCUUUUUAUUGUAAUUGUAAUCAUUUGUAAUUGUAUGUUUUGGUUUCCUCUAUGAAAAUGCCCAGCUAGCUUUGAUGUAUACCCUUGUCACCUUGUGAACAAAAAUAAUGAAACAAAAGCAUGGAGAGAUUUUGGAUUUAAA